AUGUAUUCUGAUAUCAACGAGCACGAAGUAAACAAAGAAAACAUAAUAAGAGCAUUUUUCGAUUUUUAUUCCAGCACGAACGAUGUGGAUGUAGCCAACAAUGCUCCAAGGACGAUCGAAGAUACGUACCAAAUAUGGACCGAUUGUCAGCAUGUUUUGAAGAGACCAGAUACUUAUAUCGGGUCCACACAGGAAACAAUAUCCGAAAUGUGGGUACUAGACGCAUCGGAGGAUAAUACUCGACGUAUUGUUAAACGUAGAAUAUCGUACGUGCCCGCGUUUUUGAAUUUAUUCGAGGAAAUUCUGGUGAAUGCCGCAGAUCAGGCAUCUCGAGAUCUCGACGAAAAAAUGGACCGAAUUGAGAUAGUGAUCGAUCGGAACACGAAUGAAAUCAGCAUCCUAAACAACGGUGAUGGAAUCCCGAUCGAAAAGCAUAAAAAAGUGAAUUUACAUAUCCCAACGGUAAUUUUUGGAAUGCUUUAUACGAGUUCCAACUACGACGACAGUGAAUCCAGGCAUGCUGGUGGUCGAAAUGGACUCGGUGCAAAGGUGUGUAACAUCUUUAGUCUGGAAUUCACCGUAGAAACAGCCAGCAAAAAAAAUGGCCUAAAAUUCAAGCAGACGUGGACAAAAAACAUGACCCAAACAAAAGAUCCGAAGAUCGAACCAUCCACCCAAAACUACACCAAAAUAACCUAUCGUCCAGAUUUUCAACGGUUCGGAGGCAUGCAAUUCUUGGACGACGACGUGAUUUCCCUCAUGUCCAAGAGGGCAUUCGAUAUCGCCGGCACCUUACCCGACGUUGAAGUCCACCUGAAUGGAGAACUAAUUCCGAUAAAAUCGUUCAUAGAGUACGUAUGUUUGUACUCUGAUGAAGAUCCUGAGCUCGAACCGCCGGCCAUCCAUCAUGAAAAAACCAAAGAAUUCGAAGUGGCUGUGAUGGCAGCUAAUAAUUACAACCAUAUGUCGUUCGUGAAUAACGUAGCCACGACGAAGGGAGGUACCCAUCUCGACUACUUUGUCGAUAUAAUAGUCAAGAAGUUAUUGGGAAACAUUGAUCGAGGACGAUUAAAAGGAGUUUUUCAAGCUUACCAUAUCAAGUACAACUUAUUCGUGUUUGUGAAUUGCCUCGUAAAAAAUCCAACAUUUAAUAGCCAGACGAAGGAAGAGCUGACGCUACCAAUCGAUACAUUCGCUUCGAAUUGGAAACUAUCCGAUAAAUUUCUAAAUGACGUAUGCAAUUCGGAAAUCAGAGACAGGAUCAAGUCGACGGCGGAGGUUGUUGAGAAAGUAAAGCUCGCAUGUACGACUGGCGCGAAGAACAUUAAAUGUAUACCCAAGCUUGAAGAUGCCGCCUUGGCUGCCACCGAAAACUCGCUCAAGUGCACGCUAAUAGUGACCGAAGGCGAUUCUGCGAAAACGCUUGCGGUAUGCGGUCUGAGUAUCGUCGGACGUGAACUCUACGGUGUAUAUCCACUGCAAGGAAAACUGUUGAAUGUUCGGGAUGCUUCGUAUCAAAAGCGUAUAGAAAACAAAGAGCUAUGCCAAUUGAUGACAAUUCUCGGCCUAGACAACACAAAAACCUACGAAAAAAAAGAACAAAUGUCGACCUUGCGUUAUGGAAAACUCAUGAUCAUGGCUGAUCAAGAUCAGGAUGGAUCGCAUAUCAAAGGACUGAUAAUUAACUUUAUUCACCUGUACUGGCCUAAUUUGUUGAAGCAUGGCUUCCUUCAACAGUUUGUGACCCCGAUAGUCAAAACUUUCGAUAGGAAUGGAGUUAUCUCUGAAUUUUUUUCUGAUGCUGAAUUUCAAGCAUGGAAAGCUUCGUGUCAAAAUUCGCACGAGUACGUGAUUAAAUACUAUAAAGGUCUUGGUACGUCUACAUCCAAGGAAGCCAAAGAAUAUUUUAGAAAUAUCGAAAAACAUCAGAUUGAUUUCGUCUACAAAGAUGCCAACGACGAUUCCAACAUCGAAAUGGCUUUCAGCAAAACCUCCGCGAAUUUGAGGAAGAAAUGGCUUGAGAAAUGUAUUCGAAAACGAAAAGAAGAAGGUCUUCGAGUAGAGCACCUCUACGGACAAAAUGAAAAAUCCAUCAGCUAUUCAGAUUUCGUUGACAAAGAAUUAGUGUUAUUCAGCAUUAUGAAUAACGCACGUCAAAUUCCUUCACUGGUUGAUGGGCUCAACCCUGGAUCCCGAAAGGUCAUCUACGCGUGCCUGAAAAAUGACCUAUACCGCGAGGUGAAAGUUGCCCAGUUGGCUGGCUCCGUGGCCCAAUCGACUUGUUACCAUCAUGGCGAAGAAAAUCUGAUGACGACGAUUGUCAAAUUAGCGCAAAAUUACGUCGGCUCCAAUAAUAUUAAUUUACUAGACCCCAUAGGACAAUUCGGUUCGAGACUACAAGGUGGGCAUGAUGCGGCCAAUCCUCGAUAUAUAUAUACUAAAUUGAAUGCGAUAACCCGAUUGAUUUUUCAUCCCAAAGAUGACGAUUUGCUUAAUUAUCGCACCGAAGAAAACCAUAGAAUUGAGCCAGAACAUUACGCCCCGAUUAUACCAAUGAUAUUAAUUAAUGGAACGGAAGGUAUUGGCAUGGGCUACAAUACGAAGAUCACGUGUUACAAUCCGAGGGAUGUCAUAAAAAAUUUGCAACGAAAGAUUGCCGGCCAAGAUUUUGAACCUAUGACUCCGUGGUUCAGGGAUUUCAAGGGCGAAGUUCAUAACUUGGAAGACCGCAAAUUCGCAACUUUCGGAGAAAUCGAGAUCCUCGACAAAAGAACAGUUCUGAUCACCGAGUUACCAGUUGGCGUGUGGACUCAGACAUACAAAGAGAACGUUCUGAAUAAAUUGCUCAACCCUGUUGCUGGUCAGAGCAUGUCCAAGAAAGCGGAAAAACCAUCCAUUAAAAUAAGUGGUUUCAAAGAAUUCCAUACCGAGAAAGACGUUCGAUUUCAAGUUUCUGUGCCAGAGGACGAAUUGGAGAAAUUCAAGAAUACUCUGCACGAAGCGUUCAAACUUAAGUCGAUUAUUUCGAAUACGUCGAUGUGCGCUUUCGAUUCCAACGGCGAUUUGAAAAACUUUUCAUCAGUGAAGGAAAUCCUCGCAGAGUAUUACGUUGUUCGAUUACAGAUGUAUAAUCGUAGAAAAAUCUACCUCCAAGACCUUCUAGAAGCUGAAAUUUCGAAACUGUUGAAUCAGGCGAAGUAUAUAGAAGAAGUGUACAAGGGGAAGUUGCAGAUUUACGGUCGUUCCAAACAGUGUAUUCUCGAAGAGCUGCAAAGUCGUGGAUAUGUACGCGAUCCGGUUCGAAAGUUCAAGGAGACAAGAGGAACCACGACCAAUGACGAAGAAAACACGAAUAAAAAGCUCGAGAAUGACUUACAAAAAGAUUUCCAUUACUUAUUGGGCAUGGACGGCUGGUCGGUGACUUUAGAAGAGCAAGUCGAGUUACUGAAUGAGAUAAGAAUACCAAUGGCUGGAACUAGUCCACGAAGUUCUGAUGGUGUGCGCGUCGUUCCAGUAGUAGACGCUGAUAAACGAAGUCCGAAACCUUCCAAAGAUGGCCCUAGUACUUCAGGCACUCAGAAAGAGCUACCAAAAAAAGUAGUCAAGCAGUCGAAAAAUAAAUCAACGAAAAAAGCCACUCCAUCUUCUCCAAAAAUGUAUCAAGCACCCGAGCAUCAUGCUAGAGGAAGAUGUAAAAUACCGGAUGACUACGAGCUUCCUCAACUAAGACCUACUCGUAAUCCAGCGUCUAAACCUAUUAACUAUGAUGUUGAUACUGAGGACGAAGACUUGGAAGAAGGAGAUAGAAAUCAAUCUCAUGAAGACGGAUCGUCGAAUGAAUGUGCUACGGGAGUCUCCAAAGAUACCAUAACACAACGACAACAACGAUGCCAGCAAAAAUCUAGUUCAAGUGGUACUGGUACUAGUGUAAAUGAAGAAUCUAACAGAUCAGCUGGAUCGCCAACUGAAAAUGAACAACAACGAGCACACCAAACACCAAGUCCCUGUGAUAAUCGUGUGAAUGAGGCGUCCAACAGCUCAGCUGGAUCCUCUACUGAGAAAGAACCACGACGAAGACACCAAAAGCCAAGUCCUAGCGAUACUCCAGCAAAUGAGGCAUCUGACAAUAACGAUAGAAAAGAAGAUUACAACUACAGAGACAAACUACGACCAAGAAAAAAAUUGAAUAAAAGGAAACGUCUUCGUCACCGGCAAAACGCCUCCGUCACCGAAUUCGGUGACGAAGAAUUCGGUGACGAAGAAUUCGGUGACGAAGAGAACGCAUGA